GUGGCAUCGCUAUCGCAUCUGUCUGUCUUUCUGUCGCUACAAACACACAAUCAGUACAGACUCGCAUCACUGCAUCAUCAAUCAUCCCGCUCCUGAGCCCCUUCCUCCUCCAGGCUGAUACUCCCUCCUCAAAUUGCGCCUCCUGUGAAAUACAUUCACUCAUAGCGCAACGGCAUGCAGGCAGAGUCUGUCGGUCUCUCAAGAAAUGAACUGCGUCAAUCGACCAACCCUCAAUCAUGCGACACACAUGCCAGCACCAUCCUCCUCCUCCUCCUCUUCUUUCUUCUUGGCCUGCUCCUCCCUCUCCCUCUUCUCCCCACCCGCAUCCUUCACCCUGUGCGGCUCCACACGCACCACACCAGACUGAACUCUGAGGCCGGCGGGCUCCAUUCAAGCACAGUCGCGCGCCCCCUCUUCUUCAUCUCAAAGUCGUCGUCAUCCUUGACCUCGCUCCACGGCCUGUCGUAGACCUCCCCGAUGAUGGCCUUGGCCCUUGUGAGGGCCGUGGCCUCCGUGUCAAACACGCCGGCGAUCUUGCUCUCCGGAACAUCUGAGGUGUGGAAGCCGUCAGGGCGAUAUCCGACGGUUUGGAACACGAUCCAGACCUCUGGCACACAAUAAAUGAACACAAUUGGAUGUGACCUGCGCCACAGACGAUAACUACAGGCAUCAGGGGCAGUCACGCCAUGCCGACCGACAAUUGUGUGCAGAGUGUCCCGCAGAGAGCGAUACAAUGGACAGGAUGCAAAAAUAUGAGACUCAUCCUCAAUGGGAGGGCGGGUGAUUGAUUGCCCAGUAAGGCUCACGGCAGAUACGAGCAAGUCAGUUCUGUGCGAGCAAAACGGGCAGACGCUGCCCUCUCGCGGCCGGCCAAGGAUGCGUCCAUCCAUGAUGGCAGAAGGAUAGCAGCCCACACGAAAAAGAAACAGAACACGCCGCUUACGAAACGGCAGUGACAGGUAGGAAGGAAAGCACGGCAACGGCUGAAUGAGGCGA